UACGUCACCGUUCAAAUGCAAUCUGCAAGCAGACCCCAGCACCAACAGAACCUCUCCCACUGCCUUCAGUCAUGCUGUCAAAAAAGUCCUCUUCAACGACGCCUUCAAGAGCCACAGUUACACUCCAUGCUGGAGCCUCUGUUCUUGGCUCAGCUAGUCAGCCUUCAAGCGGGCGUUCUCCACCCGGCAGAACUACUCGCCUCGUUCUACCUCCUUACCCAUCAAGUGGCCCAUUCGCCUCAUUAUGGCGUCUACCUCGAGGCGCACGCCUGGGGCAUAAAAUCAUAG